GUAGCGCUUCACUUUUGGGUUAAUUACCUCGUUGUUAGAUUCCCUCUCCCGCUAAGACCCAACAAUACAAGGCAAGCCCCAAUCUCCAUCUACAAAUAGCCCAUCCGCCAUGCAAAUCGAUCCACAACUACCAGCUAGCUCGUCCCCUUGCCAAUUAGAAUCCCCUCAAUAGCCAACUAAUUCGCCUUGAUGAAUUGGAAUAUCCUCCUCCUCGUUCCCAUUGUGGUUUUCUCCUUGUGCGUUUUGGCUCGUCCCUCCCAUUCUUGCGGCUUCACCCUGACCAACAAUUGCCCCCAUCCCAUAUGGCCUGGCACGCUAGCAGGCUCGGGCACCCCGCAGCUCCAGACCACCGGGUUUCGCCUUGACCCGGGCCAGACGGCUCGAAUCCCCACCAUCCCAGGAUGGUCCGGGCGUAUAUGGGCGAGGACGGGCUGCUCCUUCGAUCAAUCUGGUGUUGGUACCUGUCAAACUGGCGACUGCGGAGGGAAACUGGAGUGCAACGGCAAUGGUGCCACCCCUCCUGCUUCCUUAUUCGAGAUAACACUCGGCAAAGGCAACAAUGAUAAAGACUUUUACGAUGUCAGCAUCGUUGAUGGAUACAAUCUUCCUAUGAUCGCUACGCCCGUGGGCGUCAACGGAGCUUGUAACGCCACUGGCUGUGCUUCUGACCUCAACCUCGGGUGCCCCAAGGAGCUUCAGGUGGUCAGCUCCAGUACGAUCGAUGGUAUUGACGGUGAGGGAGGAGUGAUAGCGUGCAAGAGUGCUUGUGAGGCAUUCGGCCUGGACCAGUACUGUUGCAGCGGCCAGUUUGCCAACCCCAACACCUGCCGGCCAUCCUUCUACUCUACUAUCUUCAAGCGAGCCUGCCCCCGCGCUUACAGCUAUGCCUUCGACGAUGGAACCAGCACCUUCACCUGCAAAGCUUACGACUACGCAAUAACCUUCUGCCCUUCCAAUAACAACAAUUACCAUAAUCCCGACCCACUGACCGGUGCAUCUUCUUCUGAGACAUUUGAUGGUCCGGUAACACGGAAGAACAGCCAAGGGGGAGCCGCAGGGAUGAUUUCCACCUCAAACGCUCUCCCGCCUCCUCAAAUUAUUGUCCUGCUCACGUUUAUCUUUGGCAUUCUUCCAUUGAUCCUCGUAUGAAGCAUUUCUGAUGAAAAAGACACGAAUCACUCACAGCUGUCUCUUAUACAGUUAGGUUAUGAAUGAAAUGAUCCCAAUUGUAGUGUUCUUCAAGUGUUAGGACACCAUACUCCAUACAGUAUUUGUACGAGACAUCAUAAGAACACACCAAAAAAAAAAAAAAAAACUUACUAGGCAUUUGAAUAGAAUACAUUCAUUGGC